AUGAGAAAUUUUCACCUACUUUACUCCUUCGCACUUUUGAUCACAUGUUCUCGAGGAUUCACAACCGCUUGGGCUCCGGCGACGACAACAAGGAGGACGACGACAACAAAUUCCAUCCACCAGCAACCUUUUGGGAACCAAAUACAAUCUACAAGUGCAUCGAAAUCCGCAUUAUUUUUUGCGCCACAACGAUCUAAUCGUCACCGCCCUUCGAUUGUUAUUGACAUCGCUUCGAGUAAAAUCUCAGUCAUUGACAAAUCUUCAUCUUCCACAAGAACCCAAACGACCAAACUCGACGCAGCACCCACUUCGAUCGCCAACAGCCUUCCCUUUGCCAAUUCUCCAAAAGCUCUUAUUGCCAUCAGUAUUAUUGGCCACGUUCUUGGAGGAUUGAUUGGUACCCCCUUUGUCAUUCGCGCCACCCGAGGUCCGGUCUCGUGGUAUCGCAAGAUUUCGUUGCCGUCGUGGACCCCACCCGAUGCCAUUUUUGGCCCCGUCUGGUCGACCCUGUACGCUCUCAUGGGACUAGCCAUAGGCCGACUAUGGAAUGCGACAGCCUCGAAUCCACAGCCAAUGAAUAUCCUUGCCUUGGGAUUGUGGACGGUUCAUUAUAUCAUCAAUGUUUUGUGGGCACCAACUUUUUUUGGCAUGAAAAAGCUCCGAUUGGCUUCCAUUAUGAAUGGACUAUUGCUGUCGACUUUGAUUCCAGUUAUUGUUCUUUUGGGAUUCCAUAUCCAACCAGUUCCACAGCCAGCAACGGCCGCUCUCUUGUUGCCAUAUUUAGGAUGGUUGACCUUUGCAACCUUUCUGAAUGAAAAUAUUUGCAAACGAAAUCCUACCGACACCAAGUUUGGCGGAUACAAUGAAGCCCGAUUGCAAGCAGAUUUGGCAAAGUUGCAACAACAAGCAGCUCGAUUUGCAAAUGGAAAGUAG